AUGGGCAAAGGAUCCUGCUACUGCGGCAAAAUCGCCUUCUCCUACUCUGGAGAACCAGCCAACAAGGCAAUCUGCCACUGCACCGACUGCCGCAAAAUCUCGGGCUCGGCCUUUACAACCAACCUCGUGAUCCUCGCCUCCUCCUUCUCUCUCGACUCGGGCACCCCCAAAAAGUACUCUGCAAAAGCAGACUCGGGACGUACAGUCACCACUGUAUUUUGCGGUGAUUGCGGCAGUAAUCUAUGGAGGGAAGGAGACAUGAGUGCUGAGCAAGGCAUUUUGGUCAUCAGAGUGGGUGUGCUUGAUGGAGCGGGUGUGUUGGAGGAGGGGAAGCCCAAGGCCGAGGUUUAUACGAGUGAGAGGGCGAAGUGGUUGGGUGAGGUGGAGGGGUGUCAGCAGUUUGAGAAGUUUUUCUAG